AUGCCCCGCAAUGACCUCCACCACCAGCUCUCCGACCUCGUCCACGACUCCAAGAUCGAGACUGUCGUAAACGGAACCUGCACCGAACAUAUAUACCACGAGCCGGGGCGAUCCCUCCACGAGAGAAAUAAGCGAAGAGUAGAGCGAUGGGAACGUGAGGGGACGCUGGGCAAGGGUUCAUUUGGUGUGGUCUACCAAGAACGAUGUCGGGGCAGCGACAAGGUCCGCGCGGUCAAGGAGAUUAGCAAGAGUGUGGCCGCUGGAGAGCAGCUGGAUUAUUAUAGAGAGCUUGAGGCUAUCGCAAAGUUCUCCCACCAUAAAUACUCUCAUUGUUUCGUUCGCUCAGAUGGCUGGUUCGAGUCUAAAGACUCGAUAUUUAUUGUCAUGGAGUACAUGGAGCACGGCGAUUUGCAGAACUACCUUGGUCGACCUUUUCCAGAAGCUGAGGUUCAGCAAAUCGUCGGCCAGUUGCUAGAGGGCCUGGAUUUCAUGCACGCCAGUGGCUUUAUUCAUCGUGACUUGAAGCCUAGAAAUAUCAUGGUUGUCGAUAAAGGCCCCGACUGGUUCGUCAAGAUCACGGACUUUGGCAUCAGUAAAAGACGCCAGCUGGGCGUCACAACCUUGCACACCAUGCAACGAGGUACUCUGGGUUUUGCGGCUCCAGAGGUGCUAGGAUUGGACCUGGGAAAGCCGGGUGGCUCAUACUCGUUUGCCGUGGACAUGUGGUCUCUGGGGGUGCUUACUUUCUACCUAUUCACAAAUUCAAUGGUCUUCUCCAACCACGGCGAGACUUUCAUAUCCAACAACGUGAGUCUCAAAGUUCCCAUGCCUGAAAUCUAG